AUGAUGUCACGUGGUGCUAGAGUAACCGCAGGAUGCAUUUUGAUUGUUUAUAUUCAUUUGAUCCUUCAUUUUUUAAGGAGGAGGAGAGUUCUCUCUAAUGGAAAAUCUCUGGUUUUAACUUACAAGAGAUCUGGUGCAGCUCCUGUGGAACCCGGUGGACUCCCGGGUCAAGUUUGUUCAACUGUCCCCACUGGUCCAAAUGGUGGACAUGGUAGAGGUGCUGUCCCCAUGCAGAAUGGGUUUCGUCCAGGUUAUGGAAUGCCUGUUUGGGGAGCUAAUCCUCCCCUCGAGCUUGCUGCAGCAUUCCGCAUCCAAGAUAUUCCAUCUGAAAAUGCAAAUCUUGGAAAAGAUGCAGGUGCAAACGACUUAGCAAGAGCAUCAGCACUUGAACGGCCCCCUCUUCCUGUUGGCAGAACAAUACUGGUAGAAACUGGAUCCGGCGAUCUUCUCCCAUCUAUUGACACCAGGCGAAUGCAGGUUUCAGAUGCAAUAAUCGAGAUUGUGCGUCCGGCAGAUAAUAAUGACAAGGCUGAGCAACAAGAAAACGAAGCACGUGUUGGUGAGAAGGAAGAAUCAUAUCCUGCCACCAUCGGGUCAUAGAUGAGUGCAUUUGACCUAUACAUAUUUCAAUACAGAUGUUUCGAAACUUGCUAGAAUAGCUUCCAUACAUUCUAGUCUUAUUACUUGAUAUGAAUGAAGUUUAGCAUUACACAUGUAUAUAGAUUUUCCUUUGCCCAAAGAUUGUAGUGUUUGAAUUCAAGGAAAAACAUUGUCAUGUGUUUUGUCUUUUAAUUGCGUUUGACACUAAGAAGUCAGAUGGGAACUUCUGAUAAUAUUAGAAGGAGAUACCUUUUGAAUCUUUAAUGAAGUAAAUGCUCUUUAAAUC